AUGCGUGAAGGUGCAUUGUUUUUGUUGUUUCUAGCAGUGACGACAAAGGCUACCAGAUCGCGGAAUGUCACCAUUGACGACCAGUUCGGCGACGAAAUCACACACGUUGCUCCAACGUACUCGCCAUCCAGCGGGUGGAAGCUUGCGGGAACUGGGGGAUACGCAAAGCCCAAUGCAUCCUUAGCAUAUAAAGAAACAUGGCAUGUCUUGACACAGAAUCCCGGGCACGCUGCAGCAAUAGUCAACUUUGGCUUCACUGGCACAUCACUAUACGUAUACUGCAUCAUCGGGAACACACCACCCGGUCCACAUACGGAUACCUUCGCCGACUACAAGUUCUUUCUUGAAGAAGACCUUGUUGGUGUCUACAUGCACGAUGUCGAGAAGAUCCCCGAUUACUUCUUCAACGUACCGGUCUAUGUCAACACAACGUUGGAGAAUAAACACCAUAACUUUAGCAUUAUAGUCGAGUCUACCGAAAAACCAGUCCUGAUAUUAUUUGACUAUGCCACCUACACAACGAUGGAAGCGGACGCAGCAGUUGAAGGCAUAUCUACAACUACAAGUGGGCCUAUAGGUCCUCCGACACAGAGCCAACCUCUCAGCAAUCCAAAUGUUAAGGGAGAGUAUGGAAACACUCACACGGAGUUUAUUAAAAGCGCGUACGAGGGCCGUGAUGUCUACAAUCAAGCCAUGGAGGUCGAGCAUAAUUUCCCUGCACCCGGACACUUGGCACGCCGUAUCCACCCCGCCUAUCAGACGUCCAAAGGUUGCUCGCAUUGCGACUGA